UAAAAAUCCUUUAGAACUUAUUUUCCUAGAUCCAUAUAGUAGACAUGGCUGGUGUCGAUUUUUUCGGGAAAUCCAGCUGCCAAAAAUCAACGGAACAUCUUCGAAACGCGAAUUUAGAAAAAACGCUAAUGGAACAAUACAUUCUUGCUUUACACAAUUCCCAAAAAUCCAAGACGUCGUAUCGUCAGAGCAACAGUAACUUAAUCAAAUAUUUGGGAGACGCUUUCCAUCUUGGCUCUUUAUUGCGGUAAUUGUUGGAACGAAAAUAGUUUUACUUUGAUUCAGAUUUAUACGAUCAAUUUACUUUUUUUUUUACGAUGAUGUAGUUUCAUCGGCCAUGUUCGUUUUACAAAUGAAGACCUGGUGUUGACACUGUCGACGUUAAGAUUCAGCAGUAUCGUAAAAAAGCUUAAACCUGAAAAAAUGAAAUACAAUUUCGGGUCCGAAUUAACUCAGGAUACCGACAAAUUAAGGGCGGAAGUUUCGGGACUCAGAGAAGAGCUGGAACUCAAUGAGAUGCUUCUGAACCAAGAAGCGUCCACGAAUUUGUCACCUGAAAGAGUGAAACGGAUCGAGGAAGAUGCGAUCGACUUUAUUAAUGGCAAUUUAGACGACUUGACGCUACUAAGCGUCUCGCAAGCUCAAAUAUUGCUCAAGAAAUUCAAAGAAAUAUUUGCAAAGUUAGUGCUCUAGAAUUAAAGAUGAAUUUCACAAAUAACGAAGAGAAAAUUCGUACAGACAGCAAGAGGAUCACAAAAUAGCUCUGGAAGCAAAAUCAAAAGAGGCUCGGGAUUCCGCGGCAAAAGAUUUGAAAGCUUCCGCCUUAUUUGUGACUAAGCCAUCGAAGGUGCGGAUCAUAAGGUGUCAAUUGUACCAGGUCAGAUGACUUUUUUUAUAAUUGAUUACAGACCUCAGCAACUGGAAGUUUAAAUGGCAAAACAAGGCGAAAAAAAUCAUUUACAGAACGUUCGUCAAAAGUGUUAUCUGAAGAUUCACUUGCCAACGUUGCGGAUGACUCAAAAUCGAAAGUUGGAGAUUUAAUCGAAACAGGAAUAACAAUCGGACCUACGCACCCUGAGAUCCCUUUCGAAUACGGUCCUGUAAUGAAAUGGAUAGAAUUUCGCCGAUACGGAGAACCACCUGAUAGAGCCACCGUGCCUUGUUAUCGGCCAGCAACUUUGCAGGAGACAUCAAACGUGAACUUGAAGAUUGCGAAAAGAAACGAUGCCUUUGACUAUUAUCUCAGAGAAGACGAAUCCGCUAUGACCUUGAAGAAAGAUUUAGAGGCCAUGGAGGAAGCCAGAAAAAGUGGACAGUCAUUAACUAGGGAUUUGGUAACGAAGAAACAAGAAAUUAAAAUUGAAUUAGAGCAUAAACGAGUAGAAUUACACAGACAACAAAACCUCAGGCAUAUGACCGGUGAUGAAGUUUAUGACGUAGAUGGAAGAGUUCUGAUUCCAGAAUUAGAACGGCGAUUAUUUAACACAGUUAUGAAUAUGGAAAAAGAUUUUAGCGAAAUAAACUAUCAGCUAAUAAAGGCUAAUGAAGAACUCGAAGGAUUAGUUGAGAAGGAAAUCAACGCUCGUAACAAACUUGAAUACGGUUUCCAAAUAUUCUGCGAUAAAAUCUAUGACUAUGUAAUCGACACCCCGAAAGAAAAGGAUGACAGCGGAGAAGCAAAGAAGAAUUCACUCGAUCUCGAGGAAAAUAUUGAGUCCAAGUUUACAGAUCUGCAGAGAAUGAUGCGACUCAUGAUCGAAAAAAAACACACUGAAAAAAAAGCUAAUUGGCGAAAUCACGUGGGAAUCGAUGCAACAAAAUGAAGAGUGUGGCUGUAGAAAUGCAAAUUUAAAUAAUAAUGAAAAUCGCAACGAAGAAUUAUCAUUUCAGAAAUGCUUUGACGUGCGACAUCCUGCAUAAUACGGUCAUCGAGAUCUUUGUACUGAUUUUCUAAUCUAUACUUCGACAGAAAAAAAGACAAUUUAACAAGUUGGGUGUAUUGAAUUAUUUUCAUAAUUUGCUGACCGCAUCGGUUUUCUAUACAUGUCAUAACUUUAACUCUCUCGGUAUGGAUAAAUUAUUCAAAAUCAAUUGAUUGAGAAUCACUGUGAAUGUCAGUGCUUCUGUCGCGGUUCUCCGGCGGGUUCCGGGUAUCGUCGUUUUCUAGCUUAAGAGUGCAACGCGUAUGGAACACACCGAGUUGGCUUUAAACGCUACUGCAUAGCAGAGCUAGGCAGCAGUUAGUAUAAUUUUCUCUCAUAAAAGGCAGUCGUCAGCUUCACGCGUUUUAAGAGCCCGAUAUAAAUACCCAUGAAGUUUUAUCGAGAAUAUACAAAUAUUCCUCGUCAAUUAAAUAAAAAAAAAUGUUACAAACCUCCGACGAUUACUCGGAUCUUACCGAUGCCGAACGGGAAUACGCUGCAACAGUUUUAAACGAAAAUGAAACCGAUCGUGUAGAAAAAAUCAA